AUGUCUUGCCCGGACUGUUUCAAAGGAACUAUUCAUGAGGGAACACCCAAAGGCAAAGAGGAGACAAUUCACCAUGUCCUAACAUAUGUCGCCACCCCCGAGAAAGGCAUUGCAUCAAGCUCGAAAAUCAUCUUUAUCACCGAUGUAUUUGGCUUCAACCUUGUGAAUAACAAGCUGCUGGCAGACAAAUAUGCUGCCGAUACCGGAUGCUUGGUUCUUAUGCCCAGCGUUAUUCCAGGAGGCGGGGCGCCUCUCUCAGCGAUAGAGCUGUUUGACUCCCUAUCGACACCAGUUGGCUUGUUAGACUUGACAGGCCAGACGAAGAGAGCGGGAGCUGCAUUUCGAGCAGCGGCCAUUUUCGCCCCGUUUGCAGUCCGUACGCGGAAUGCAUUUCCUAAACUGCUCAGGUUCUCUCGCGACGUCAAAGCCUCCUUGCCAACAGAUGCUAAACUUGGUAUCGCCGGGUUCUGCUGGGGUGGGAUGCACUCGACUAAACUCACUGCGGAGCCGGCUGAAGAAGGCGGAAACGUUCCCUUAUUCGAUGCUCACUUUGUGGCUCAUCCUGCUGGCCUCAAAGCACCAGAAGACUUUUCAGCCGCUGCCAAUAAGUUCAGAGUCCCCAUCAGUUUCGCUGUUGGAGAUCUUGACAUGGUGUUAUCCAAGGAUAAGAUCGAGAGUAUUGAGUCCAGCUUGAAGGAAGUUUAUGGAAGGAAUUCUGACGAUUUCGAAGUAAAGACUUACAACGGCUGCAAACAUGGAUUCGCUGUACGAGCUGAUCCAAAGAGGACAAUCGAAGACGGGGCCGCUAUGCACGCAGCGGCACAGGCCAUUAAUUGGUUUGGGAAAUAUCUGGCGUGA